CUCUGAUCGUUCACUUGAUAUAUAUUUGAGACUCAAAAACUUGGCGCGCAUAUAGGAUUUAAAAGAAUUACGCAAUAUAAUGUAUUUCCAUUAAUAAUACAAAACACAUAUUGAAAAUUGUUUAUUUCCUUCCUUUUUUUACAUCAAAUUUAAUUAUUUUACAUCACUCACUUUACAAACAUUAUGAAUGAUGAUUUGUGUAAUAGAACAUAAAAUUUAGGAUUCACUUCUCGAGAAUUCUAUCAAAUUCUAAAUAUAGUAUUAUUGAAUAUGACAACACCAGGAAAAAUUAAGAAAUUAGAUGAUGUCGUAGUAAAUAGAAUUGCAGCUGGUGAAGUGGUACAGAGACCAGCAAAUGCAUUAAAAGAAUUAAUUGAAAACAGUCUUGACGCAAAAGCUACUAAUAUUCAAAUUACCGUUAAAGAAGGCGGAUUAAAACUAUUACAGAUUCAGGACAAUGGCACAGGUAUUAGAAAAGAAGAUAUGGAAAUCGUUUGUGAACGAUUUACAACAAGUAAAUUACAAACAUUUGAGGAUCUUCAAUCAAUAUCAACUUUUGGAUUUCGUGGAGAGGCUUUGUCAAGCAUUAGUCACAUAGCUCUUUUAACAAUCACAACAAAAACUGCAGAUGAAAAAUGUGCCUAUAAGGCAUCAUAUAUUGAUAGUAAGAUUAAAGCACCACCUAAACCAUGUGCUGGAAAUCAAGGUACCACAAUAAUGAUUGAAAACUUGUUUUAUAAUGUUGCAACACGAAGAAAGGCAUUAUCAAAUCCAGUUGAGGAAUUCAACAAAAUCACAGAUGUUGUUACAAAAUAUGCGGUACAUAAUCCUAAUGUAGGAUUUGUAUUGAAAAAGCAUGGUGAAAUAACACCUCAGGUUCGUACACCACAUAAUUCAACUAAAAUGAACAAUGUAAGAAUAUUAUAUGGUAACUCUGUCUUUCGUGAAUUAUUAGAAGUGGAACUUACAGAUAAAGCCCAUAAAUUCAAACUGCAUGCUUUAAUAACAAACCCAAAUUGUACCAAUAAAAAGAUGGUGCUUCUAUUGUUCAUCAAUAAUAGACUAGUAGAAUCUUCUUUAAUCCGUAAAAUGUUAGAAGAGCUUUAUACUUUCUAUCUUCCAAAAAAGACUCAUCCAUGGUGUUACAUAUCUUUAGAAAUUGAACCACAGAAUGUUGAUGUCAAUGUACAUCCAACAAAACAUGAAGUUAAAUUUCUUCAUGAAAAUAUCAUUAUUGAAAAAAUAAAACAAAGUUUAGAUGAAAGACUUUCUGGAAACAGUGCCUCCAGAACGUUCUAUGUCCAAGCGCGGUUACCGAAGGCAGAUAUUACUAAAGAAGUUUUAAAAGAAGUUUUGCCGGAAUAUGAGCAAGGAAAUAAUGAUAAAACAAAAAAAAUUCGCCCUCAAGAAAUGAUCAGAACUGAUUCAUCUGAUCAGAAAUUAGACAAAUUUAAUUUUACUAUUCACACGGCGAUGAAACAUGCUAGGAAUGUCGAUAUUACUCCGUCUGAUAAUCGUACAAGUAAUGUCGCGCAAAAUGAAUCAAUUCCAAAUGACUAUAUGUUAGAUAAAGAAACAGAUAAUAUACAAUGCUUAACAUCAAAUGCAGAUGAUACAAAGCAGGAAAAUAUAUCAACCCCAAUUGAAGUGAAAGAAACAGAAAAAUCUACACCAUGGAGUCAUAUAAUUAAUGAUACAAGUCCAUCUGCAUCGUCAGAAUUAAUAGUACCUACUACUUCUAACUUAGCUUCUACAACUAAAAAUGACAAUAAACAAGACGAGUACAGAUUAGAUAAUAUAGACGAAAUUUUUGAAAUUACAAAUGACAGUUUUGGCGAAAAUAUAAUAAAUGAUUCUAUGAAAAAUAAAGAUGAUUCUAUCAAAGAAAAAUGCAUUGAUGUAAUCGCGGACAAAGCGCGUAAACAAGUGUACAAAUGUUUUGGAAAUAAAAAUACCGUAUCAGAGAAGGAAGAAACAAAAGUUGACAAAACUGACGAAAAUAAAUUUGAUGAAAUAAAAACUACAGAUGCACAAUCUUCAAAAGAGUCUGAUAAUAAAAAAGAUGAUGUUGAGAGUAAACGUGAGUUUAAGUCGUAUUCUAUAAACAAUUUUAGGAGAGAAGUAAAGUUAACAAGUGUAUUAAAAUUGCGUAAAGAAAUAGAAAAUGAAUGUCAUGAAGGGCUGAGGGAAAUUUUAGCAGGCUUAAGUUUUGUUGGUUGUAUAGAUGAAUCGUCUGCACUCAUUCAAAGUGGAGUUAAUUUAUAUCUCUGCGACACGAAAAAAUUAGCAGAGCAGCUUUUUUAUGAAAUUAUGCUGUAUGAUUUUGCGAAUUAUGGAGUCAUAAAAUUUUCAGAAGCAAUUCCUUUAUAUGAAUUAGCAAUAUUAGGAUUAAAUACAGAAGAAGCUGGGUGGACAGAGGAUGAUGGACCAAAAGAAGAACUAGCUACAAGUGUUAAGGAAUUGUUAUUGGAAAAGGUGGAUAUGUUAAAGGAGUAUUUCUCUAUUGUUAUAGACAAGCAGGGAAACUUAAAAUCUUUGCCAGUAUUACUAGAAAAAUAUUUUCCAAACGAAGCUGGUCUUCCGCUUUAUAUAUUGCGUCUAGCUACUGAGGUAGAAUGGUCAGCAGAACAACCAUGUUUUCGAACGGUUUGCAGAGAAACGGCAAAAUAUUACAGUCAAAUGAAUCCUGUACAUAAUUCUCACGACUGGAAGUAUAUUACAGAACAUGUUUUAUAUUCUGCAAUUAAAGAGAGUUUACUUCCUCCUAAAUAUUUUGCACAUGAUUCGACAAUACUACAGAUAGCCAAUUUGCCCGAUUUGUACAAAGUUUUUGAGAGAUGUUAGAUGUAUUUAAUGAUUGGACAUUCAUCAAGAAAGGUAAUAAAUACAAAACAUGGUAUGAAAAAAAGGAAUGAUUUGUUUAACUACAUAUACAUCUAUUUUCAUUAAUAAAAGAAAAAUUUUAAUAUAUAUUACAUUUUUCUUUGUUUGAUAAAAAAAAUAAGUAGUCUACUGAUGAAAACAAAUUUGCAUCUAGUAAAAUUUGUAUACUUUGCUUAGUUUCAAUAUCAAUAUUUUAACAUUCAUGUACUUGGUAAGUGUUUUACAUUUCAAUUUUUAUUACAGUAUUUGUAUUCCAGCAUUGGUCACUGAUAUCCUUUUAAGGAUUUCAUCCAAUCCAAUAUGAAUCAAUUCACAUAAAAUCGCAAUUUAUCCCUUAGCAACACCCACUAAUGCUGGUCUUACUAUUCGUUCGUGUAGUUUGUAUCCCAAUUUUGAUACUACUACAACUGUUCCAGGUUCUUUACCUUCUACUUCCUGCAAAAAUAUAUUACAUGUUACUGACUACCUAAUUUAUGAAUCAUGACUCAUAUGAUAUAUUCAUACCUGUUGAAAUAGUGCCUCAUGUUGAUUAGGAUCAAAUUUUUCAUUCAAAGGAUUUAAUGAAACUAAACCAUGUUUCUUAAACACCUAUAAAAGACAAAAGAUUUUAAUACAUAUUUCACACAAACACAGUUGAAUAGAUAAUAACUUCUGAUUUACUUUGUGUAGUUGUGCUUCAGUCAUUCUUAAUCCUUCAUAUAAAGUCUUUAAAUGUGGAUUCUUUUCUGUAAGUUCAUCUUUUGGUACACUUUCUGUAGCUUUACCCAAAAUAUCUGCUACUUCUAAGAGAUCUUUACAAAAACCUUGAAUACCAAAUAGUUUUGCAUCUUCAAUUUGUUUUGUUAAUCUCAAUCUAAGGUUCUCUCCAUCUGCUAGUGCUCUUUUGUAUUUGUCUUCUAGUUGUUCUUUGUAAUUUCUAAGGUCUGUUAAUUCCUUAUUGAGAAGUUCAAGAUCUGCUUUUAAUUUCUUUUCAUUUUCUGUACCUCCUGCUACUGGAGACUGUGAUUCUCCAGUUUCAGGUUUUUUCUCUUCUAUUAUUGUGCUAUAUUCUUGUUUUUGCCAAGAAAUAUAGGAUGGCUGAGAUAACCUUUAAAUUAUUAAAAAUAUUGUGAUUACACCAUCCUUAUCCUUUUGAAAGAAAUUAAACAAAAUACAUUACUCAUUGAUAUUAUAAUUUAUCUGUUAUAUUAUUGCUUACAACAUAUUAUUCAGAAUUGCAAAUAACUAUUACUAAACAAUCUAACCCCUACUUAUAAGUUACAAAACGUGUACAACAUAUACACGUUUUAACAUUGCAACAAACUGUUCAACAUGGAAUCUUACCUAAAUAAAAUAUUUUUAUUUAGAUUGUGUAAACUAUCAACCGUGACACGAGUAAAUCUUACUGCAGCCGGUACCACAAACGAUGCCAUGGUUCUUUUAAUUUCAUAAAAAUCGGCAAAUGAUGAAACACAACGAUCCUCGUGCUUUCUCAGUGAUUCUCAAACUUCUUUUACGUCUCAGCAUUGUGGUAAUCAUUUUUAGUUGCUUACGUAAAACAUGAUGCAAUAUUUAAAAUUUAAAAUUACAAGUAUAAUAUUUAUUUAUAUUCAUAAAUAAUGUUGCAUAAAUUUAAUGGUUGAAAAUUAAAGCCAUGUACACAUUAACAAUUAUCACAAUCGUAUCAUAUUUUCAUUAUUUUAUUGGAAUGAAGUGAUACAAUACAAUGAAAACUGUUCGCGAUCAGAAAUCUUGUGAUUUUACAUGUUCUCUUAAUAUUUGCAUAUUUUUUAUUUACAAAAACAAACUAUUAUUUAAUAUGUUAAAACAAGAAAAAAACUGUAAACAGUAAGAUUACACUUUCAUUAAGAAAAUCAAUUUUGUAGCAUAAUAGUAUUUCAAACUACUUAAAGGUUUUUUCAGUUCUAAAGAAACAAACUAAACAAUUUAACAAACUUUUUAACGCACUUGGUGUUCUAAAUCAGAUAUCGUCAAUUGUUUAACCAUAUAAUAAUUAAGCUUAAUUCAUUUAUACGCUUGUAAAGAUGACUUGAAAUACUAUAAACCUUCACAGUGAUAGUGGAUUGCAAUUUCUAUUAUGCUAGUAUACAUAAAUAAGUAUUCAAUAAUUUGAUUCUUUUCAAACCUAUCACAUAGUUUUUUUAAAAUAUCGUUCAUAUUACAAGUUAUGACUAUUUUUUAUUUCAUUAUAAUUGCUUCUUUCGUUAAUGGAAGUAUUUUUCAAUUUGCAAUAAAUUUUCUUCAUGUAAAAUGAUGAAAGCAAAACUAUACUGAUUAAAAACAAGAAGAAAAACAUUGCAUAAGGUGGUACAUUGUUUGCACAUUAUAAUCAUAAUCAAAUUAUAAGUAUAUAAUCCUUUUAGAUGUGUGUUCUUGAAAAACGUGAAAUGUAUAACUCGUUAAAUGGUAUUAAUUAAUUUGAAGGAAAAACAUCAAACAUAUACAAUGUGUUUCAAAGGUUAUGCAGAAUCAUUUUCUUCGAUAAUCCAAGCAUUGUAUACGUUUCGUCUGGCAUACUUAUUCAACAUUUAAUACAAAAAUUAAUCUAUUUGUAUCUAUCUUUAGUACUACAUUUCAAGUGUGCAAACGUCAAUCAACAAAUUCUACUGGUAAAAUUACUUAGUCGCUAAAUUUUUCAUUAAUGUA